AUGGAGGAGGAAAUUAUCCAAAUACAUUUUUUUCAAAUUGACAACUAUUUUGUAGCUGUUGGAAUGAAUGGCAAUCCAUUACAAGGAGCUGGRGGUAUAGGAAAAGCUAUGGCUGAAUGGAUCAUAGAAGGAAAACCAACACAAGAACACUUAGCUUUUGAUGUACAGCGGUUUUUAGACCUCCAUAAUAAUAGAAUGUACUUGCAAGAACGUACAAAGGAAGUAGUUGGCAGGCCUCCAGAAAUGCCACCAGGUACAUUUUAUAAACCAAAAUUCUUUGACUUUAUGUUGGAAGAAUAUCAUGCUUGCAGAGAAACCGUUGGAAUUAUAGAUAUGUCUUCAUUUUCUAAAAUGAAAAUUCAGGGAAAACAAGAUAUGAAUGAUGAUGCCGAGUCUCAAUGUAAUGGAGUUGUUGAUUGGUUACAAUCUUUGUGUACAAAUGAUGUAAAUAUUCCUGUUGGCGGUAUUGUCCACACCGGAAUGUUGAAUGAAAGAGGUGGUUACGAAAACGAUUGUUUAUUAGUGCGUGAACGGGAAAAUUGUUAUUUAAUGGUAUCACCAACAAGCCAACAAACCAGAGUUUUAGAUUGGCUUAAAGACCAUUUACCUAAAGAUGAAUCAAUUCAGCUAGCAGACAUAACUUCGAUGUAUACUGUUGUUAACAUAAUUGGUCCUAAAGCAGGCGCUUUGAUAUCCGAACUGUCACAAACUGAUGUUGACAUUAAUGUACAACCUUUCACCUAUAAGACUGUAAACAUUGGUUACGCUUCUGAUGUUAUGAUGAUGGCUUUUACACAUACUGGUGAACCKGGAUUUUGUCUGUAUAUACCAUCUGAAUAUGCCCUGCAUGUGUAUGAUCGUUUAAUUACUGUUGGAUUCGACUAUGGAAUUAGGGAUGUUGGCAGUUUAACACAACGAUUCAUGAGGAUUGAGAAAUUUAUACCGUUUUGGGCGGAAGAUUUAACUCGUGACACUACACCAUUUGAAGCAGGAUGCAAUCAUGUUGUAAAACUUGAUGAAGCUGAAAAUGAUAUUGCAUCAGUUUUGGAAAAAUUGGAUUCAUUGAUAGCAGAUAUUUUAAGUAAUUCGCCAUUUAGAGAAUUGAAUUCUGAUAACAUAGAUGUUAAAAUUUGGAAUAAAGUUCUCGAUGACUUUACGGAUCAAGAUGGAAAUCGGCCAACUUGGGUGUUUACAAACUGGUUGUAUUGUGAAUGUUAUAUACAUCGUCGUAUAUUUGAAGCGUUUGAAACUAGUACAUUCUUAAAAAACUAUGAUCCAUUUUAUGAACAAAAAAUGAAGGCUUUAUCGCAUUGUGAAGAAGCUAUGGAUAUUUUAGGAAAAUUUCUAAUCAAAUAUUUCAAUAAAAAUGAUGUUCAGUUGAAAAAUCUUCGUGAAGACUUGCCGAAAAUCAUCAAGUGUGCCUUGUGGGGAAAUCGUUGUGAUCUUUCACAAACUGGUGGUGAUGCUAUUGCACAAAAUGAGAGCCCGUUAGAUUUAGUUGAAUCAUUACAACCUCUUAUGCUUGCUGACGAAUCAUCUAAAAUAGUUGAUUUUUUAUUUACUUCACUCAACAAUUCCAAUGACAAUAAAAUUUUAGAUAUUAUAUUGGACAAUGCAGGCUAUGAACUUUUCACGGACUUAUGUUUAGCUGAUUAUUUGAUGACAUAUAAAUUCGUAAACACUGUACGGUUCCAUGGAAAAGCUAUACCAUGGUUUGUGUCUGAUGUAACUAGUAAGGAUUUCAUUGCUACCAUAUAUUUUGUAGCUAAUACUUCCAGAAGUGAAACAUUAAAGGAAUUAGGCAAGCGAUGGGAAGGCUAUUUUAAAUCUGGUCAAUGGAUAUUUGAAAGUGAACAAUUUUGGACAUUGCCAUUCAAUUUUGAUCAAAUGAAAUCAUUAGAUAAUGAAUUAUAUUCCAAACUUUCGAAGUCAUUUUUAAUCAUAUCCAAAGGAGAUCUAAACUACAGGAAACUAGUCGGAGAUAUAUAUUGGGAGCCUACAGUACUUUUUACUCAAGCAGCGUCGGUUGCGACGCGCAUCAUGGCCGAUCGAAUUCCGGUCAUGGGUGGCAUCGCUUUUUGGGCAGUUCAUGCAGUCUGGAGAGAGAGAUCACUCGGACAUGGCAGAAUCUUACGGGUGCCCAAUAUAAAAUUCUGCCACAUACGUGUACCAACAAACUUGCCAAACCCAAAAACCCAAAAACCUACAGUACCCUCCCAACAUCCAAUGGCUUAUGGUGCCGUGGGAUGA